AAAACCACCGUUAAACAAAAAUACAACCCGUCCGCCAUAUCCCAAUUCUCCCACCUUUCCCCCCUCCUCCAAUCCCCAAUCCUCAAAAAUUAGGGUUUUACUGAUACAAAAUCAAGCUUUUUCCACCAUUAAUUAAGCUCAACCUUUCAAAAUUCAACCAUGUCAAAACGCAAAUUCGGCUUCGAAGGUUUCGGAAUCAACCGUCAACAAACUUACAACUUCGAAGGAUCUCAACCACAACCUCAACGUCUCUACAUCCCUCCUUCUUCUUCUUCACGACCUCACGACCACUACGAAGACACCGAUGUCGACAACAUCGACUUCGACAACAACGUUAACGACAACAACAAUAACAUCUCCGACGUCGGAAACUCCGAAGAAAUUGAUCCUCUCGACGCUUUUAUGGAGGGAAUACACAAGGAAGUGAGUGAAGCUCCGCCACCUAAGCCGAAGGAGAAGCUUGACAAGUAUAGAGAUGAUGAUGAUGAUGAAGAUGAUCCAAUGGAGAGUUUCUUGAGAGCUAAGAAAGAUGUAGGGUUAGCUUUGGCGUCGGAUGCUCUUCGAGCCGGGUACGAUUCUGAUGAGGAGGUUUACGCUGCAGCGAAGGCGGUUGAUGCUGGGAUGAUUGAGUAUGAUUCUGAUGAUAAUCCUGUGGUCAUUGAUAAGAAGAAGAUUGAGCCUCUUAUUGCUUUGGAUCAUACUGAGGUUGAUUAUGAGGUGUUUAAUAAGGAUUUUUAUGAGGAGAAGCCUUCUAUUUCUGGCAUGAGUGAACAGGACGUCACAGACUAUCGGAAGAGCUUGAGUAUUCGUGUCUCUGGUUUUGAGGUUCCAAGGCCAGUUAAAACUUUUGACGAUUGUGGUUUCCCUCCACCGCUGAUGAGUGCAAUCACAAAGCAAGGUUACGAGAAGCCUACCAACAUACAAUGCCAAGCUUUGCCAAUAGUGCUCUCUGGGCAUGAUAUUAUUGGUAUAGCAAAGACUGGUUCCGGAAAAACUGCUGCUUUUGUGCUUCCGAUGAUUGUGCAUAUAAUGGACCAGCCUGAGCUUGAGAAAGGGGAAGGACCUAUUGGAGUGAUAUGUGCACCUACCAGAGAAUUAGCUCAUCAGAUAUAUCUGGAGACUAGAAAAUUUGCGAAACCUUAUGGGUUGCGCGUGUCUGCCGUCUAUGGUGGGUUGUCCAAGCUCGAUCAGUUCAAAGAACUCAAGGCAGGAGCGGAGAUUGUUGUUGCUACCCCUGGUAGACUGAUUGAUUUGCUUAAAAUGAAGGCAUUGACAAUGAAAAGAGCAACUUAUCUGGUGCUUGAUGAGGCAGAUCGCAUGUUUGACCUUGGUUUCGAGCCACAGAUAAGGUCUAUUGUUGGUCAGAUUAGGCCGGACCGUCAGACUUUACUCUUUUCAGCCACAAUGCCCCGAAAAGUUGAGAAGUUGGCAAGAGAAAUUCUUUCAGAUCCAGUGCGUGUUGCAGUGGGAGAGGUUGGCAUGGCAAAUGAGGACAUAACUCAAAUUGUUCAAGUUCUUCCAUCUGAUGCAGAGAAGCUACCCUGGCUCCUAGAAAAGCUGCAAGGAAUGAUUGAUGAAGGUGAUGUUUUGGUGUUUGCUUCAAAAAAAGCUGCUGUAGAUGAACUUGAGUUGCAGCUUGCACAGAAAGGGUUCAAAGUUGCGUCUCUUCAUGGAGAUAAAGAUCAGGCUUCUCGGAUGGAGAUACUGCAGAAAUUUAAGGCUGGGACCUACCAUGUUCUUAUUGCUACUGAUGUUGCUGCUCGAGGUCUUGAUAUCAAGUCGAUUAAGUCAGUUGUCAACUUUGACAUUGCAAAAGAUAUGGAUAUGCAUGUGCAUCGUAUUGGUAGAACAGGUCGUGCUGGUGAUAAAGACGGGGUUGCAUACACUCUUAUCACACAUAAAGAGGCCAGGUUCGCUGGUGAAAUGGUCAAUAGUUUGAUCGCUGCUGGUCAGAAUGUGACCAUGGAAUUGAUGGAUCUUGCCAUGAAGGAUGGAAGAUUCAGGUCUAAACGUGAUGCAAGGAAAGGAGGUGGAAAGAAAGGAAAAGGAAGAGGUGGAGGUGGAGGAGGAGGGGGUCGAGGUGUACGUGGUGUGGAUUUUGGUUUGGGUAUUGGCUAUAAUACGGAAUCCAACAAUGCUUCCUUUCAGCCAGCUACUCGGACUGCUGCCGUUAAUUCGCUUAGGACAGGUAUGAUGGCGCAGUUCAAGAGCAACUUUGUGGCUGCUUCAUCUAGCUCUCAGAAUCAGGCGACUAGCAAUUCGAACACGUUUGUCAACAAGCGGCCAUCAUUAUCAGGGUUCGUUGCGGGUGGUACUAUUGGUGGGGAUAAUAGACCUCAAUCAACCUCUCUGACAAAUUACGCUCCAGCAUCAGGAGGGAGUAUUGGUGGUCAGAAUUCUGACCAGAAGAGCAGUGAAAGUACAAGGGAGAGACCAAGAGAAAGGAGAAGGCCUUCAGGCUGGGAUAGAUAACAAAAUCGAAGCUGUUCAUUGUAUCUUUUUUAGUACAAAAAAAAAAUACCGUUUGUAUCAACAUAUUUCGCGCUUAUCAUAAUUUAUAGUUAUUAUGAGCUUUCCUUUCCAAA